AUGGUUGAAGAAGAUAGAGAAGCUACAGAAGGCAUUGGAAAUCCAGCUUUUAACAUGAGCAGUCCAGAUCUCUCAGCAUGUCAGACUGCAGAAAAGAAAGUUAUUAGACAUGACAUGCUGGAUCGCACCCUUGCAGCUCACCAACAAAAAUUCAGGCUGCCAGCCUCUGCAGAACCAAAAGGCACUAUGCUAGGAAAUGAAUAUGGCAGAAAUUACUUUGACCCACUGAUGGAUGAGGAAAUAAACCCAAGGCAGUGUGCGAUGGAGUUCAGCAGAGAAGAUGACGAUAGAAUUUUCUAUAAUCGAUUAAUGAAGCUUUUUGAAGAGAGCGGACAAGGAGAACCCCAAGAUGAGAGCGGCCGGGAGGAGACUCUGAAUUCUGAAGCACCUGGGAGUUCCAAUAAGAGUCACGAAAUCCACAAAGAAGCCAGCGAAGCCACCACUGCCCACCUUGAGGAGUUCCAAAGAUCUGCUCAGAAAAAUCUAAUUCUGCUUGGAAGUUCUCCACUAGAACAGGAAAUUAGAUCUACCUCAUUGCAUUGUAUGGAGGAUGAGAUGAGUCAUCCAUGA